AUGGGCCCCCUUCGCUUGGCGCUAUUGCUGGCCCUUUUUUCGCGACACGCGUUUGGAGACAUCACCGUUUACCAUGCCCAGCGCCCCAUGACGACAGGCGUGAAUAGUGCUGGUCUCCCCAGCCACACUGGCCUCCCCGCCUACGAUCCCACAACCCUCAACCCCCCGCCCAUCCCCGCAGAUGUGAUGAAAACCAUCCCGGUCAACCUCCUGAACUCUGGAACGACGGGGAUGUCUAUUAAGCAGAAGGGCUCGUUCAUGGGGUUCAGCAUCGAGAUGUCGGUCACGAAUCAAGUCUUGGGCAAAAACUCAAGUCUCAUUCAAGUCCCCUUCCUCAACCUGAUGGCUAACCUCCAACAACGCGCCGGCUCUGUAAUGGUUCGCGUGGGAGGAAACACGCAGGAGAGCGCGAAGAUGGUCGACAGCCUCCCCAACGGCCGUAUCCUCAUGAAAGAUCUCCAAAACGUCACCGGCACCACACAAACUCCUCCCCUCGACUACACCGCCGACUUGCUCUACCUUAUGCGCAAUGUCUCCAGCUUCGUCAAUGUCCAUUGGUUCGUCGGUAUUCCGUGGUUUGUCACCAAGCCAUUCGACACCGCGAUUGUCACUGCUGCAGACCUCAUCCUCGGCGAUUACCUCCUCGGUCUUCAGGCCAGCAACGAGCCCGAUAUGUAUGUCCUCCAUGGGCAUCGGCCGCAGAACUAUGGCCCAUUCGACUACCUCGGCGAGUUCUCCGAUUUCUUAGGCCAGGUCGCCACCACCAACGCGGAUCCCACCGGGCGUGCAACGAAAAGCCUCAUCGGGCCAAAUAUCGCGACAUUCGCUUGGACGCUGGAGCAAGUUUGGGACACAGGCUUCGUCGACACCUACAACGCAAAUUUGGCUUACUUGGCUGCCGAAAAAUACCCUGACCAGAAUUGCGAAGCCCGUUUCGGCGAUCCCGCCAAGGGCGUCAAACCUCAAGAAGUUCUGCAGAAUUACCUCAUGCAUAGUCGACACAAGGAACUGCUGGGGCAAUACCUCAACACCACGAUGUAUCUGCAGACCAAAAACAAGCCGUUCUUGAUGUUCGAGACGAAUACUGCUUCGUGUGGUGGUUUCCUUGGGAUUUCGGACGCGUUUGUUUCCGCGCUGUGGGGCAUCGACUAUGCGUUGCAAAUGGCCCAUUCGAACUUCUCCGGCGCCAUGUUCCACUUGGGUGGACAAAGUGUCUACUACAAUCCUUUCACAGCCCCACCGACGAACGAAAGUUCUUUCCAUGGAUGGACCAUUGGGCCGAUCUACUACUCCGCCCUCAUCAUGGCCGAGGCGCUGGGCCCAAGCAACAACUCGCAAGUUCUCGACCUCCCUAUUCAGGGUCUCUCCGAUGCCACCCCCGUAUACGCCAUCUACGAGAACGGCGUGCCCAAACGCGUCGCCAUCGUCAACUACGUCAACGACCCCAGCCAUGCCAACGACAUCAGCGUCGUCAUAUCGCUGGCUAACCAGGAUGGGACCAAGACCACGCCUGCGAGCGUCAAAGUCAAGUACCUCGCCGCCGCCUCGGUGGUACAGAAGGGCAACAUUACCUGGGCGGGACAGACGUUUGGCGGGAACUUUGACAGUGAUGGGCGGCCGAUGGGGACGGAGGACAUCAAGACGGUGACGUGCGACGGAAAUGCGAAGACGUGCACGGUGGUGGUGCCCGCGCCCGGCUUUGCGCUGGUCUUCCUGUCGGACGACGCGAUGACGGAGGAUAAGGGCUUGCCGAGCAAGACGUUUGCGACGACGGCGAAGACCAAGUUCAGGAAUACGGUGACGAUCGACCCUGCCGUGCUGGCGACCUCGAACGGGAACAAGUUCUCUGACCACGAGCUGGCGGGGACGAGCAAGCCCCCGAGCGCGGCGCCGAGGACCGCGGGCGUGUCGAUCGCGGUUGUCUCGCUAUUGGUCGGCGCGGUUGUCGCUCUCCUCGGACGGGCGCUGUAG